AUGCCCUCCGUGACCAGAGAAGCCCUCGCUCCCCGCGUCACCAAGUUUACAAACUGCCGUAUCCCCUGCGGGCAGAAGCUGAUCGAACAGGAUAUCUGGGUUGAUUCUGUCUCUGGCAAGAUACUUCAGGCCCAGCAUGCCUUUUAUGAAGACAAGGUGUGUCCGGACCAGGUCGUAGACCUGGGUGGACGAAUUCUAGCGCCUGGCUUUAUAGAUGUGCAGAUAAACGGAGCAAACGGUUUUGAUUUCUCGGUCCCCCAACCUACCAAGAAGAUGUUCGACGAAGGGCUAAGGGAGGCUGCCCAGGCGUUGGUCAAGAUGGGAGUGACAUCCUACUUGCCCACCGUCACCAGCCAGAGUAAAGAAGUCUACCCAAAGGUGCUCCAAUCUCUAGGUCCAUCAGGGCAUCUCCGUCGUGCCGAAGACGGCGCAGAGUCUCUUGGCGCCCAUGUUGAAGGCCCAUUCCUCAGUCCAGGCAAGAAUGGCAUACACAGCCCUGAAGUCCUCAUCGCUGCAAAUGACAUCAACGACCUCAUAGAAUGCUACGGGCUAGAAAACUUCUGCAAAGACACAGCCUCACCAGGCCCCAUGCCUAUCAAAAUGAUAACCGCCGCUCCGGAAGUAGGCAACAUGCUCUCCCUCAUCCCCGCAAUCCAGUCACAGAACAUCCUCUACUCAAUCGGCCACUCAGACGCCACGUAUGAAGAGGCCAUGGCCGCAGUCGAAAAGGGUGCAAGCAUGAUCACGCACCUGUUCAACGCCAUGAGACCCUUCUACCAUCGUCACCCAGGUAUCUUCGGUCUAUUGGGCCAGUGCGAAAAGCGUCGUCCGUUCUACGGUAUUAUUGCCGAUGGGAUCCAUUUGCACCCAACCAGCAUCCAGAUAGCGUACAACGCUCAUCCGUCAGGCAUGAUUCUGGUUACAGAUGCGAUGAAGCUAUGCGGUAUGCCUGAUGGGAUUUAUGAAUGGACCAACGGAGACCGUAUCGUGAAGAAGGGCGCAAUGCUUACCCUAGAGGGAUCGGAUCGGUUGGCUGGAAGCUCUGCUACCUUGAUAGAGUGUGUGAAUAACUUCCGCCUGUGGGCUGGAGCCAAGACAGUGGAGGCGAUUGCGGCUGUUACCGAGACUCCGGCCAGGAUGCUGGGUAUCCUGGAUAAGAAGGGGGUCUUGGUUCCCGGUGCGGAUGCGGACCUGGUGGUUUUGGGGGAAGACAGGCCUGCAAAUGGAGAAAUGGGCACUUUGACUGUCGACCAGGUCUGGAAGUUUGGUGUCAAAGUGUUUGAUAAGGAGAAGGUUUGA